AUGGACCUUCUAAGCGUCCCAAACUGUAGUGGCGUUGAUUUAAACCGCCUAGUACUCGCACUUGGGCGAAGAAAACUGGCCUGCGAUAACGACAUCUUUAAUCGAGCUCGGUUAGCCAUCAAAUCAGAAACAGAAACCCCAAAAGAGAAUGUAUCCGUUCCUCUCCACAGACAACAGAACUGCUCAUCUGUGCUAGAUAUAGGGAAGCUAGGAGAUGACUCUAUCCCCUCGCUCCCGCCAAUUACAGAUCUUGAAGGACUACCCAUGGGUCAAGAUGUGAGGAUAGUCCAAGCUGGUUCUGUUUACGAAGAUGCCACUGAUAAUGACGAGAUUGCAAAAUUUAACACUGUACAAGAUUGGUACAGCAAACUUGAAGAUCCUAGCCCCGUGGACGUGACCCGUUAUAAGCAAGCCAAGAUCAAGUAUGAUACGAGAAAGAAUAUAUCAGAAUAUCGUAAAACCUUCCAAGCAAAGGAGGUUGAAUGUGACGAGGCAAACAAUCAAGUAUCGGAGAAUGAACUUUUCGUCCUCCAAAGCAAUGAACAAGAAACCGUCCGAGCGAAUGUCGACUCCCCGAGAAUACAAAAGAAAGGAUCGAGCGCAAAAAGUUCAAUUCCUCAAAACAGAAUUUCUGCAGAGGAGAAAAGAAAAAGCAUGAAAGUUGGCAUCGAACUUAUCUUGGAAAAGCUAGAGAAGAAAAAAGCUAAAAACCACAGGGGUAGAAAGCGCAAGAUUGACACAGAUGAUGAGGAGCCAAAACCUGGCAGUAGAUUGAGACGAAAGAGGUACAAAAAGGGCAAGGCUCCAGAAAAAUUCUUGAAUUUUCAUGCCGAUGUUAUUGAGGACGUUCAUGCUAGCUCUUCGCUUCCUGCUCCUCCCAUUGUUAUCAAGCGAAACAACAGGCAGGCAGUGGCGGAGCUCAUUGCCAGUAUUCCAUCUGCAGAUCAAGAGGAGGCUAAAGAUGACGGAAAGCUGAUUCUUGAAGCCCCCAGAAAGUUCGUUAAAAGCGUGAGAAGAGAUGGAAAAGGUGGAUGGUCAAUGCCCGGACUCAAGACAAGUAUAUAUCACUACCAGGAAGUGCUUUUAUGGCAAGUCACUUAUCAACUUGCACAAAGGCCUAUAGGCUAA